AUGAGAGCUCCCUCUAACAGCGACCUGAACACAGAGAGAGCCGAACAAAGCAUUUUACGGGGAGUAGUUGUUACUACCACUAUCAAUGUUCCUACUACAACCAUAGUCAGCACCACAAGUACCGCCACUGUGUCCAUGACGCCGUCGUCCACCACCGUUUAUGAAUCAACGAUCUGUGUUAACAUAACUGUGACAGCAACAGAAACUGCGUAUCAUAAUCUCACGACGUAUAUUCCUGAAACCACAAUUUCUUACAUCCAAUCACAUUUCACUGCUACCAUGACAACUGUAGUUCCAACUACUGUCAUUAUGACGUCAUACAUAGCGCCAUCUACUGUGACAGUGGAAGUGACGCCAUUGCUGACGACGUGUAACAAUCAAACAAAAUUUAUCAACAUCACAAACACACAAUAUAUACAAGAAGCAGUGGAAAACAUCACAAAAGCGUUAUAUGUGGACAAGACAACAAUAAGUUCUUAUGUACGAUCGAAAACGUGUGCCGAGGACGACCGAACUUCUUCUGCAACCGUGGGGUAUUUUGGAAUCGUUUUCAUUGCCGUUCCAUUUGGAUUGAUUUUCCUUCUUGACCUACAUCAAGUUUAUUUGCAGCUAAGCGAAACAGUUAGACAAUGUUGUCGUAAAGACCGCUAGAUUUAAAUCAUAACACGCCAAAGGAAAAUGAAAUUCAUAUAACAUGAUAUUGUACAACACCGA